AUGACGAUCAUUGUACGAGAGGUGCGGAGCAAAGAUAGUGUUGCUUGCAUUCAACGGAAACCACGACAACAAUACAUGCGUACUGCUACUGUUUCAGAGGAAGUGGAGAUGGAAGAAUCGGUGGCAAUGAGAGACAAUCGGAAGUUUUUCAGGAUUAAUGUUUCAGAGGAUUGGGAGAUGGAAGAAUCCGAGGCAAUCGGUGGGAUGUAUAAUCGGAAGUGUUUCAGGGUUACUGUUUCGGAGGAUUGGGAGAUGGAAGAAUCUGAGGCAAUCAUUGUGACAAGCAAAAGGGUUAGAAGCUAUAUACCUGAUGAUGUCACAUUCUGUAUUCUCUCUAAAUUGCCUUUAAAAUCGUUGAAAAGAUUUGAAUGUGCAUCCAAGUCAUGGUCACUCUUGUUACAAAACUCUUAUUUCAUCAACUUGUUCAACAACAAUAACAAUUUGUUGUCUGUUAGUAAGGAUUAUGAUGAUACAUAUUUCAUCCUAUCAUAUCUUAAAGAUGAAUACACAGCUCCCUCUGAGUUUUAUUUGCUACCUGGCGGCGUGUUCAAAAAUAGGGUCAAAAUUGAUUGGCCACAUCCAUAUCAAGAGUGUCAAAACCAUAUUUAUAUUUUGGGUUCUGUCAGUAUUAAUGGUAUUUUCUGUGAAUCCAAGGUUAUUCCUCCUACUCCUCCUCCUAGGUCUGUGCCAACUUCCCUGACCUUUCGCUACGGUCUUCAUGGAUUUGGCUAUGAUUCUGUAACAGAUGACUAUAAAGUGCUUCAAUUGACAAAUUAUGGUCUUUUAAAUGACCAAUACCAAAGCUGUUGGGAGUUAUAUUCUCUGAGAAACAACUCUUGGAAAGAGCUUCAUAACUGUAUACCGAAUCGUCACUAUUAUACGCUAGAUCGGAUGAUCGGAGUGUAUGUGAAUGGAGUGUCUCAUUGGUGGGCUAGAAGUGAGUCUAAAUAUGAUCUUGAAGAAUGUUUGAUAUCAUUUGAUUUUACCAAUGAGGUUUUCUUUACCACACCGGCUCCCUCCUACCUGGAUGUUUCUCCUCGUCCUCUUUCCGUUGAACAAGCCAAGAAAGAUAUAGACAAAUUUCUCGAGAAACACUUGGUUCUUUUAAAUGAGUCAAUUGCCUUGAUAUCAACUUACAUAGAGACUAGUACUUUUCAUAUAUCAGUUUUGGGAGAACUCGGUGUCAAAGAAUCAUGGACCAAACUCUUUGUUAUUAACCACCUACCUUUCAUCUGCUCCCCCAUCGGAGUCGGGAUAAAAAACAAUCUAGUCUUCUUUAAGAGAACCGAUGAUAAAUUAACCUGCAUUGAUUUAAAUACUAAGAUGAUUGAAGAGGAUCUUGGUGUUAAUCCAUGGCAUUUUGGCUCUCAAAUAGGAAAGUACAAGAAGAGCUCUUGCCUAUAG